UCUUGUGCCACUCGCGUGUGUUAUGUUCAUUGUUCUUCUCGUGCCGUUCUCCAUUCACCAUCAAUCUUCAAGUUAUAUUUUGUUCCGAAUUUUUUCCCAAAAAGAAGUUUUAAAUAAAAGUUUAAUUUGAAAAAUAUGUUUUUCUAACCUUCGCUUUUAAUUUAUUUGAAAAAAAAAGGAAAUUGGUGAACGCGGUGAAGAUAUGUGUUCUCUAUAAGUGUUAUUGUUGCCCCCCCUUUUUUUUUUUUUGUUGCAAUUCUAUAUAUGUUUGUAUGAAAACAAGUGAAGUGCAUAUUAUUUUGUAUACGUUUUUUUUUUUUUUUGUGAAAAUAAUACACGGUGAUGCUCACAACGAUUCGCCAAAGCGGCGCUUACGUUUGGAAAGGAAUUUCGAAUGCAGUGGAUCGCGAGUGAAUAAACCGUGGGAUUCUGGAAUGUGCGCUGACAGAGGGCUGGGUGCCUCGGAUACCUCAGGAAAGAGCUCAUGAAGCCCCUCGAGGAAAGGCGGAAAGGGGGUUCACAGUUCGACGGAGCGGUUAAUGACCGAGGAACAACAAAAAAAGUCAGGAUCACGACGACGAGGUGGUGCUCCCGAUGGAGAUGAUGAGCGACUUAACAACAACGUCAAUGAUAAGAUUUCGUCAAAACAAUGUCGAUAAUAAUGUUGAUGUUGACGAUGAUGAUGAUGAUGAUGAUUUUGAUAUUGAUGAAGAAAGACAAUCAUCAACGACUCUAGAUAUGGGACCGGAUAUGAAUUUGGUGAACGGACCUAACCCCUGGCUUCCGGCUUAUGGAUUUCAAAUUCAACAUCACAACAGUUACAACUCAACACACGAGGAUCUACGCACUAAUGAUACAUUAUUGGUGCAGCAAGUUGAUUUUCUGGAGACAAUACUUGAGGAAACUUCAGAUGAUUUACAGAGUGAUUCUGAUCGCAGUGGCACCACCUAUUGGUUGGGUUCUGAUUCGGAAACAGAAAGCGUUAUUCAUAUAAAAGCCAACCAGAGAACAGCGGAGGAAAAAUUGGAUGGCAGUGGAAGUGAAUGUAACUCUGUGGUACCAAAGAAAAGAAGACGGAGAAAUGGUACCGAUCAUCAUCAUCAUCAACAACAACAACAACAGCAGCAUCAACAGCAGCAGCAGCAUCAUCAUCAUCAUCAUCAUCAUCAUAAUAAUGAGAGAUACGAUGAAUCGUCAACGGGUCUUGGAGAUGAAUUUCCCACCUCGCCACGAUCAUCGAGAUCCUCAAGAUCGUCGGGUUCAUCUCGUGCGAGUUCUCUUCUCCAAUUUGAAUCGCUCGAGAGGACCUGCGCCACAUUCUCGCCGUCCUGCUACAGUUUCGAUUCCCUCGAGUAUGCCAAUCGAUCCAACGCUUCGAGACUGGAGAACAACACAUCGCCCGACAGCCUCGAAGAUUACGAGAGGGUGGUGCCAAACGGUUUCCCGGGUCCACCGGGUGAUUGUUGUCUCCCACGUAUUAGACCUUAUCGCAGCUUCGAGAGUCUCGACACUUGCCAAAAGGAUCGUGACGUGGGACAGGAAAUUGUGUCCAAUGGUUUCGCACCUCUUUUCACCAAGAGGAACAGCGAUUUAUCUCGGACACGCAGGAGCAACGGGAGAAGGAGAGGUUUUUGGUACGACGAGUACGACGAAUACGAGGAGGAUCAGGAAGAUCUUGACGAGGACGAAAUUCUCGAAUUGCCUCAACAACAACAACAACAAUUGGAUUUGGAUCGUUUUGAAGACGGUUUUCGAGCAACUGUAUUUGGCGAUUCAAGUACAAAUUACGCGACAUCACUCGACUAUCGUAAUACAAUUGAUCUUCGUGAAAUUGGUCUCGAAACGGAGGAAGAUACAUUUCUUGUCUUAAAAUCUGGCCAAAGUAGCCGGCUAAAUAUAACCACUAAUAUGGCCGCUGGACGCAACAAUAUGGUGGCAAGUCAUCAUCAUCAUCAUCAUCCUCAGCAGCAACAGCAGCAGCACCAACCAGGGUGGAGCAAGAAGUCAAGUUUUAAUUUUAGAUUCACGGAUAAAUCUCAAAGUGCUCCCAGUCUGCCUUGCAGCUCCUCGGAGUCAGCUUACAACGAAAAUCUCGGCAACUAUUCACCUUUUGGCUCAUCAAAGACAACUGUUUUUGAAAAUUAUACCCGCGUCACAAGUGUACCAGUGGAUCUUAAUUUAUGUGGUACUUCAAUUCAGAAUGUUAAUAUAAAAUCCGAGGAAAAAAUGUCAAACACAAUUGAAUCAACGAAUAAUUUGAAAAUGAAGGAAAUAAAAGAAUUAAAAGACGAUGGUAAAUUAUCGUCAGUGAGAACACAAGAUCCACAAUUGGAGCAAAUAUUACAAUUCAAUGAAACGACAAAUUGUCAUGAGGAGGAGGAAGAUGAUCCACAAUUGGAGGAUAAACCAGUGACAUCAACUGUUAAGACACAGGAUAGAAUUGAAAAUGUACUUGAAAUUGCAAUGGCUAUGGAAAACGACGUCGACGCCGUUGUUGAUGAGGCCAUAAAACAGUUUAAGCGCGAAGUCGAAGAAGCCACUGCCGCUGGUAACACAAGCGAAGUUAUUGCCGCAAUGGAAACAGUUCAAAGACUCGCGUCAACAAAACAAAGGCCAAAACGAGUGAAAAAUAAUGCAAGUUAUGAACUUGCUCAACAAUAUGAAAUUAAUGAAAUAAAUUUAAGGCCAAUGCCAUCUUGUAUUGAGGAUGAGGAUGAAAAUUUAAAUUCACCAAGACGUUCAAAUUCUGGUCGUCGUGUAUUAAAUAAUGCAAGUUAUGAACUUGCUCAACAAUGUGAUUAUAUUAGGGCACUACAAUCAAAAUCAUUUCAACGUAUGAAUGCAUGUGAGGAAAUUGAUGAGACAAAAUGUUUAGAUAAAAAUCAAGAAUCAUUGUUGAGUCAGAUAAAAAAAAACUCGGAUCUAUUUUCAGUUUAUGGAGAAGAUGGUAGUUUUGAGGAGGAUAUUAGAUGUCGAUUAGAUGACGAGGUAGAUUAUCCCUGCUUGGAAAAUAAACCCAUUCAAUGUUUAGAGCAAGAUGUACUUGUUCAUGUUGAAACACCGCCAACGAGAAAAGAAGCAUUUCGACGUGAAAUUAUUAGAAAAAAAAGUGAUUUUUGUAAAUUAAAACGUGAGGAUGUUGAUGAAAUUAAAAUUGAUGAGAGGGGAAAAAUUGUUGAAGAAUUAGAAAUUAAAGGUGAUAGUGAGAAGGCUGCUUUAUCCCCACUGCUGGAAGGUAGGCGUGGUAGUGGUAAUCCAGAAGGCAGAGUUCGUGACAACGACAAUAACGACGAUGAGGAGGAGAAAAGGCCGCCAGUAGUGUUGAGCGAGAUGUCGACUGUGGCGAAACGUCUCGCUGGAGCUUCGUCAACAACGCCGACGACAACAACAACAACAACAACAACAACAAAAGGCGAUGUGACAACAGUGACAUUAGUGACAACACCUGAGAGAAAAAAAAGCGGUCUCGGUGGUUUUUUGCAAAGAUUUUCAAAAUUACGAUUUAGUGGUCGUUCAAAAGUGCCGCGCUCUGAGGUGCAAAAAAAACAAAGUGAACAAAUUCAACAAGUGAAUCGUGUUGUUGUUCGUAAUGAUGAGAGAAAAUUAGAACCGGAUUAUAUUAUCAUUCCUUUACAUCCAACUGAGGAAGAGAAAAGAGAAGAGGAACUCAGGAGGCAACAGACUGAUGCAUUCAAUAGAUCUGGAGAUUUUAAUACCUCAAGUGUCAGCACAAAUGGGAGGACGCCAGUAUCCAGUAAACCACCCUUGCCACCCCAGCCACCUCGUGCGGGGGCGCUCAGUGGUAGUAGAAUAUCGUCGACGACCUCAUCAUCGUCGCGCAGGCGUGCAACAACAGACCUUGGAAAUCCGGCGAUUAUCGAGAUGGCGAAGGCCCGUACGAUGCAGGCCAACCAGGAUCGGCCUGUCGGUCUUCUUGAGACCGACCUCGACGCCGCGGAGGAGGGCGUCGUCGUCCCAACGCCCUCCACCAAUUCCUCAUCGGCGAGUAAAAAAACACGCAGUCUACUCAAUUUAAAUCAUACGACACGUCCUCGUGGAACCGGCGACCUGGCUAACGAGAACGCCCUACACGUACCCCAGUCGCCCGUUGGCGCUGGUCACAGGACACCCUCCGACGCAUCCUGCGUCUCAAACAUCAAUCAACGACCUCACAAAUCCAUGGAGUUCCUUCUUGAUAAGGAAAAUCUUCAUUUUGUCAAGCCUCCGGAGAACGAGUUGCAGAAAGUUGGAGAGCGAACACCUAGUGAACACGAAUUGAGGGUACAGAGAUCAUUGCAGAGACUGAACGUUCCGGAUUGGUUUAAAAAUUCACCGGCAGCGCGAGACGGUUUUAGGCUCAAAAGACAUUCAGACGCAUCUCAACACGGUGGCUGGAGAGCUUUAGGCUCGAAAACAACGUCCCUAUCCUCUCUUUCCUCAACCACAAAUAGACAACCAACCACAGGUGUCCUUUUAAGUCCCAGUCCAACGCCACCAGUGUUUUCGAGAUGGAGUACAAGUUUAUUGAAUAGCGCCGGAAGUUCGCCCGCAAGUUCCACGAGGUCUUCAUUCAAUCAUCGUCAACCUUACCUUGGUUGGCGUUCACAAGAACGUUUAGCGAAUCCUCGGACACCAGCGGAACGUCUCGCUCAAGGAAUUCUUCCUCAAUUACAAUCUGCGAAUAAGCAGCAACAACAACAGACAACGAAUCAGCAACUGGAAGUGAGGAACUCGAUAAAGGAGGUGACGUCGGCCAUUGUGCACUACGUACAAAGUGGUCAGGAAGUAAUAAGAGGUGGAAGGCUCUCGCCUCGACCUCGACCUGACGAUUGGGACGACAGGGGUGGCGCGAGGUCGACCAGCCCCAGAGGGAGCACGAGGUUGUGCUGGAUGGAGAGCUCUUUUGUGGGUACGAAGCCACUGGAUUCACCAGAGACGCCAAUGAGCCUCGCAACCGAAACAGAAGGCUGUGCAGUGUGUAAUGCAACCACCGCCAAUUCAUGCACAUGUGCAGAUUCUGCGUCUUCCGGUCUCUUCCUGGAUUUAACUCCAACACGAGACGAUCUGCAAUUUCAUCAAAAUCAACAACGCCCAGGAACAAAUCCAUCUCCCUCGUCAACUCUCAACUACUCUCAUCAUCAUCAUCAUCAUCAUCAUCAGUUACAGCCACAGCAGCAGCAGCGACAUCAUCGCGGAUCGGGGCAGAGUGAUACCGACGAGGCCAUGGCGACAGCAGCUCUUCUUCGGAACAAGCCGAGUCCUGGUUCGACCACUUUGGAGGAUGUUCUUGACUCCCUCCUUGGUCUGCCUUCUUCCGCUUCGCGAACCCCAAGCCCUGGACCUGGACCCGUUUCCAGUUCCACGUCCUUUCGUCAACGAACCAACGUCAAUCAGACAAAUGCCAAAGCCGGGAAGAGCUGUAGUGACCUACGCCAAGACCUCCAAGAGUCCGCUAAAAGUGUCCUGGACGUACGUGCCCAGGAGGAUCACGCUUCCUACUUCAUUGGCGAGCUGGUGCGUCGUAAGAGCGAGGGUAGCGAUUCUCUACCUUCACGUGCAAGUUCAAAAUCAACAACGAACCUACGUCAACGUCGUGUGUCAUUUGAUAAUUCACAAGAGAAUUGUUCAGCAUCGGCAGCUGUUGCAACUACCGCCGGUGGUUGCAGUGGAUUCAGUACAUUGGAAAAAAUAGUUCGCUGUCGAAAUAAUAAAUGCACGAAUGUAACGAGUGUCAUCGAAGCAAGAAAAACAUACAAGAGCUGUCACAAUUGCACCUGUCUUUAUUGUUCACGUGAAUGUAGACGAGCUCAUUGGCAACGUCAUCGUAAAACAUGUUUACAUUCACGCGCCGGUGCAUUGUGUAAACAAGUCCUCUCAUCAGCCAAAGAGGAUCCAAUUACUUUAAAACAUGUCUCAGCGCUCGCUAAACGUGGUUACGCUUCACAUGGUCGUGGCACUGUCAAAUGUUUCUUCUCCAGUCCUGAGGCAGCUGAAAAAUUCAUCAACAAUGGUUUCAUCGAUCUUGGUGAGCCCACAUAUGUAAGAUGGUCAGAUCUUUUACCAAGUGAAAUGGGAGCCGAAUUAUAUGCCGAGGUAAUGCGUCUUUGUAAAUCAUUUAAUCCCGAAACAAGACUUGUUCUCUAUGUUGCCGUUUGCGUUGUUAGCGAAGUGCCAACAAGCGGUGCCGUUAAAUGGGAGAGACAAUUGGUCUCUCGAUGUGCCAAGAUUCGAUUGGACGCCUCGUGUCGUCAACCAACGAAUUCGUCUUCCAUAACGCAACAACCACAAUCAUCACCUUGUCAUUCGUCGAUAAAAGAAGUUAUUAUUGAAUCGCCAGAGACACUUGUUCUUACUUCAUUGCCCGGUAGUAAUGGACAAAAUACACCACGAAGAUCAAGGGAAAUCAGCUUUAAUAAUAUUCAAAUACAAUUGAAACUCAGAGGUGUUUCAUUGAGACGACAUUUCCCUCAGGUUUAUAAGAAAUUAUGCUCAUAUGUUGAUGGUUCAGUUGAUAAAUUUGCUCCAGUCACCAUUUAUCCGAGGGACCAUGUUUCGGGAAAAAGUUUCAUGUGCAUUAUUAUGCUCGAUGCCGAGCCAGAACGACUUCAUUUAUUGCCAACUGACACGACGACGAGAGUGAAGACUGUCGAUAUCAGCGUGGAGCAGGAAUAAAGAUUCUCAAACAAAAAAUUUCAAAUAAAAAUUAUUCGGUUACUUUUCAUUUAUUCGAUAUUUUCAAUGCAAGAACAAAAUAAUUGCUAUUUUUUUUCAACAUUAUUUUUUAUAUCGAAUGAAAUUUUUCCCGAAACUUGGAAUUUUAAUUUAAAUUUAAAAUUGAUUUUUUUUUUUUUUUUUAAAGUAUAUCGAUCUAUCAAAAGUAACCGAAAAAAAUAUAUAUAGAUAAUAAAAUAUGCAUUUUUCUAUAUAAAUUUUUCGAAAUCGCUUCGCAAAGCUAAAAGCAAAGCAAAAAAAAAAAAAAAAAAAAAAUAGACGAUUUUUUAUAGUUCACCCGGGCAAAAACAUUCCGUUGACUCAUUGACUGACUGAAGUAGGUUCUCGAUGAGGUUUUAAAGUUUUCCAAUUUAAUCAUUAAACGUUCUUCGAUUGAAUCGAACGAUGAACAAUUUUUAUUAUUGAUAAUAAUUAUAUAAUUAAAAAAGUCGUUUUUAAUAAUAGUAACGAAGUUAUCACCGUGGUUCAUUGUUCUGUAUUAUACACUUCUAUUCGCGUAUAUAUAUAUAUAUAUAUAUAAAAAAAAAUUAUAUAUAAUAAUAUAUUUGUCAUAAAUAAAGCGCAUAUUCAGAUCUUUUUCGAACAGAUUUUUCAACUUGUAAAAAAAAAGCCUGUAAAAUACAAAAAUAAAUUUAUUAAUACUUAGAAAUUAUGAUAUAGAGAAAAAAAAUAUAUAAAUUUUUUUUUAAUUAAUAAAUAUUUUAACUUGAAAUUAUUUUAAUAUUCUUUUUCUGGAAAAAUAUUGUCGACAAAAAUGGGUAAAUGUCAAAAGUUGAAAGUAAAAGUAGAUGGUAAGAAUAUUUAUUUAUUAUAGCAAAAAAUAAUUAUUUAUUCGACAAUGUUCUUCACAAAGAAGAAUAAAAAUUGUAAAAAUAUUUCCGUCGAGAUUUCAAAAUAAAAAUUAAAAGCUAACUAAUAACAAAUAUAUUUAUAGGAAUCUUCUGUAUCAAAAGUAACUUAAAAAAAAAAAAAAAAUUAAAAUAGUGCAAAUUCGUUGUUAAUCUGUUCGAAAAAAGAAUCGAGUUGAUACCGAUUUGAGAUACGCAUCAAAAAGAAAAUGAAAAGAAAAAAAUCUAAGUCGUUCAGGAAUUAAAUGUAUAUUGUCAAGCGACUCUUUGCUAAUAUUCAUCGUCAUAUAUUAAUUUUUGUUAAGGGCUAUCUCACUGUUUUUUUUAUCUCUUGGAAAAAAAAAUUUACUUAAUUAAUUUUUAAAUCGAAAUUAUAAAAUAUUAUUUUUUUUUUUUAAAUUAAAAAUUUCAAUUAAUGAAUUUUUCUCUAAAGGGAAAAUUUUACUAUUUAUUUAAAAUAAUUAAUUAUAAAUAAUCAGAUUAAUUAAAAAUAAAGCGAUAAUCAUUUUUUGUAAAAUUAAGUCACAGUGAGACACGCCCUUGAGCUUAUUCUAUGUAUCCAGUUGUGUUUUGAAAUUCUAUGGUUAUAAUAUGUGGUGGUUUAAAAAAAAAAAAUCCCUCAAUUUAAUCUUAAUUAAAAAAAUACAUUUAAUUAAGAUUUUAUUUAAAAAAAAAAAUAGACUGUGCCGAUCUGGAAUUGGUAUGCGUCUUUGUGUGUAUAAUUUCACGUGAUGUAUGCUCGUCUUACAUUGGAUGAAAUUAAAGCAAAAAAAAAAAAAAAGUAUAUUAAACCACAACAAGCUCUCGAGCUUUAUAGAUUUAUAAAUAAAAAUGCGUUUCGCUCUUUGAAGCUUUCGCCCUGCAAAAGAAGUCUCUAGACUUCCCAGAAAGUAGAAUCUGGUACCGAAUUAUAUCCUUUUAGGCUAUAUCGCUGUCCCUUUCUCGAUUUUAUGGACCUUGUGCCAAAAAAAAAAUAAAAUAACAUAAUCGAGCAUGAGAAAUAUUUGAAUCAUUCGAAUAUUUACAAGUUUCCUCUAAAAAAAAAAUACUAAAUCCCAGAGGCCUUGUUUUUCGCUUGAAAAUUUUUGCUAGGAAUUUACAAAUUUUCAAAGUUGACAAUUUUUUUUUUUCUUUUCACCCUUCACGUAAUUGUAAUUUGAAAAUUACCUCCAACUUUUUAUAUUUCGCGAACAAUCUAAUCAUCAUAAAAAAGACAUUUUCAGCGAAAUUUUUUGAGUGAUAAAAAAUCCCAACAAAAAAAAAAAAUCAUUUUUCGUAAGAGUAAUUAUUAUUAAUAAUAAUAAAAAAAAUACC